AUGCAUCCUUGGCUGCCCCCCACAGCCUUCUCUCAAUUCCCAUUUUCAGACCGCAUGGGGGCAAAAGUCAAUGGACUCCCAUCUUCCAACUCCCUUCACUGGGUGUGGACAUUCUCUAUCAUGGCAGCCAUCUCUGCGAUGAAGAUCUUGACCACAACCUUCUCCAAGGGCCUGACAGUGGCUAGAGUGGCCAGCUUAGUCACUUCAGGCCCAGGUCUGGUUGCAAGUUCCUCACUGGCCAAGACUGCCGCAGCAGCUGUGGUGGGAGGAGCCAUUGCUGUGGGAGCUGUGCCUGUGGCUGUGAGCUGCCUGGGCUUCACCACCACAGGAAUCGCAGCUUCCUCCCUGGCAGCCAAGAUGAUGUCCAUAUCUGCCAUUGCCAAUGGUGGCGGGGUGGCCGCUGGCAGCCUGGUGGCCACUCUGCAGUCUGUGGGGGCAAGUGGACUGUCCAUAGCAUCUAAUAUCAUCUUGGGAUCGGUUGGAUCUCGUCUUGGGAUGUGGGUGGUAGGUCUGUAAGAAGAAUCCUCCUCUCUCAGUGAUGGGCUCAGGAAUGAAGCAGAAAAGGUCUUUCAUCCCUGGGGGACAAAUGGUGGUGCCCCCCAACAUUGUUCAAACAAACCUGAGAAAUAAAGAUGAAAAGAAGUGACAA